AUGGGGCCCCUAGGGGGAGCUUCUGUGUGUCUUUGGGUCUUAGUUGCUGCUGCUGCUGCUGCUGCAGCAGUCCAUCCUGCUGUAUGUUCACCGCAGCUGAGGCAGCAGCAGCAGCGGCAGCAGCAGCAGCAGCGGUUGUCUCCUUUCUUUAUCCCCUCCCCAAGUAUAUUCCCUUCUCCUGCUGCAGCAACAAGGGCCCUCACAGCAGCAGCAGCAGCAGCAGCAGGGGGGCCCUCAGGGGCCCCCCCUCCUCAAAACCGCCGAGAGAGGCCCCCCUCUGAACCCUCCAAGGAGGACCCUGUAGGGCUAUUAAGAGGGGGGGGGCCCUCUGAAGAAAGGAGAGGGGGGCCCCCCAGCAUAGAGAACAGGGGGCCCCCCGCUGGUACCCGGUCCUCCUUUCGUCCCUUUGAUAACCUCGAGAUAUUCCCUCUUAAGGAAGACCCUUUAGAGGAGGGGGGCCCCCCUAAACAAGAAGGAGAAGAAUUGGGUAGUCUACAGGGAAUAAGCGAUGGGGGGCCCCCAGAGGGGGCCCCCAGCGGGCAGCAUAGCCAACAGGGUACAUCUGCUAGGCUGCCAAGAGGAGAAUUCCGGCCAAAGCAGAGUUUAGGGCAAAAUUUUCUUGCAGAUGCAAACAUUUGCCGUCGUAUAGUUAAGGCAUUUAAGGGGGCUGUUGCUGCUGCAGAUAAAAGGGAGCAGCAGCAGCAGCAGCAGCAGCAGCAGCAGCAGCAGCCGUCCCUUAGUAGGGUAGUAGAGGUGGGCCCUGGUACAGGGGCCCUUACUCGUGUAUUAUUCCCCUUAUAUCCAGAUAUGCUAGUAGAAAUAGAUCCAAGGGCAAUCGCUCUUCUUAGUCAAAGAUUCCCCGGCCUACAGAUGCUACAUGAGGACGUCUUACAGGUGAAUUGGCCUUAUCUUGGUCACCACAUGAAGAGACUGCGAAUUGUUGGCAAUCUUCCUUUUUACCUCACCAGUCAGCUCCUCUUCUGUUUAUUGGAUUGUCGUCAAUUUAUUGACUUGGCUGUCGUGACGUUACAGAAGGAAGUUGCACAAGUUGAGUCUGGUGUUGUUCGCGUUGACUUUCGUCAUGAGAGUGACGAAGAACUUCUUGAUGGUGUUAAUGCAAGAGAUCUAAAGAAGGGACUAAUGUUGGAGGGGUCCGCCAUUGCGGGGCCCCCAUCCAAAUGCUUAAGCAUCCUUUAUGAGGGCCCCUUAUGGGGGCCUGUUAGGGGGCCCCCGAGCAACGUGCUGCAGCACGUGCUGCAGCAGCAGCAGCUGCAGCAGCAGCAGCAGAUGCGGCAUUUGUUGCUACAGCUGCAGCCGCAGCAGCAAAUGCAACACACGAGGCCAUUCGUUGCAGUCGCCUCUCCAGGAAACAGCAGUAGCAGCAGCAGCACCAGCAGCAAUACGUACAGCAGCAGCAGCAGCAGCAGCGCUAAGAAAGAAGGAGUCUCCUUUGUCCCCAACAUGCAGGAAAGGGGGGCCCCCUUGAAAACCCCACGGGGGCCCCACAAUGCCCGGCAGCUGAUGGCGGGGCUGCUGGCGCGUGGGGGGUCUCCUUUAGGUAGCAGCAGCAGCAGCAGCAGCAGGAAGGGUAUUGCUGCGCUGCUGUUGUACGCCCAGCAGCACAUUAAAUCCCUUGAUGCUGUGCAUGCAGCAACAGCUCUUCUUCUCUUAGGUCGUCUCCAUAGGCAGCAGGGAGCAGCAGCAGCAGCAGCAGCUGCUGCUGCUGCUGCAGAUGCCUGUGCUGCUUUUGCUGCUGUUGAUUUAGUGCAUCAGAUCCCGCAGAAGCACCACCACAAGCAGCAGCAGCAACAGCAGCAGCAGCAGCAGCAGCAGCAGCAACUGCUGCUGCCACCAUCCAUACCUCCUUUCUUAAAACAUUUGUACAACAACCCCACCUUCUGUUCUCUCCGCAGCAAACUGCUGCAGCACCUACAAGCUCUUGCUGAGGCCAACAGCAGCAGCAGCAGCAACAACAACAGCAGCAGCAACUGCAGCAGGAGCAGCAGCACGCGGCAGCUAGUCUCCAAUACAUUAUGGGCCCUUGGGGCCCUUGGUGCAUGCGAUGUCCCUUUGGCUCUUGCUGCAGUUGCCGUGCUGCAGCCAGUCCUUAGACCUCUGCUGCAGCAGCAGCAACAGCAGCACCAGCAGCAGCAACAGCAGCAGCAGGAGCUGCUGCUGCCCGUAGAUAUUUGUAACAUUGCGUGGGGCCUCGCCACUGCAUUGGAUAGAUCAGGUGUCUCCUUAAUAGUCUCCUUGCCCCCUCAGCAGCAGCAGCAGCAGCAGCAGCGGGAGUUUGCUGCAGCAUCUCUUCAUCAGCUGCAUGCAGCAGCAAAGGAGACACUUGCUGCUGUUGCUGUCUCCUUUCUGCAGCAGCAAGAGGCCUUCGAAGGAAGGGGACAAUCUACCCUAGUAUGGUCAAUAGCUAAGAUUGGGGUGUAUAGGCACCCUGCAGCAGCAGCAGCACAGCAGCAAACUCUUGCUGCUCUUAUACAUAGACAAAGACAUAAUAUACGCGCCCUACAGCAGCACCAGCUGCAGCAACAACAGCAGCAGCAACAGCAGCAGGUGCAGCAGCAGCAACAGCAGGGUGGUAUUGUGUCUUUAUUAAAGGAGGGGACAGUAGAUAUGCAUAUAGGAGAAGAGGGGGGCCCCCCUACCUCUUUAGGGGGCCCCUCUUUGGGGGCCCCCAAGGAGACAGAAGGGGGCCCCUUUAAGUGUCUCUUUGAUGCUGCAUCAAGGUGUCUCCUUUUACCUAAGUGUCUCCUUUUGUUAUCUGCGCAGCAAAUAGCUAAUGUCUUAUGGUCCUUUGCUGCUGUUAAUCAUGUGUCUCCUUCUCUUUGUGCUGCUGCUGCUGCUGAGCUGCUGCAACGCAGCAAAUAUGCAUGCAGCAAGAUGGGGGACCCCACAGCAGCAGCAGCAGCCGCAGCAGCAGCACGAAGCAGCAGCAACUGUGGAGACACUUCUUCUCCUGAUGUGUCACCUAUGGAGCAGCAAAUGGGUACUUACAGGGGGGCCACUAAGGGGCCCCCUAGGGGCCCCCCACCUUCUUGCCGCGAUAUUGCUGCAGCUAUGCUUGCAUGCGCACAGCAGCAGCAAUUUCCUGAGGCCCUUUUUGUCUCCCUCCCAAGGGUGCUCCUCAGCAGCAGCAGCAGCAGCAGCAGCAGCAGCAGCAGCUUUUUAGCGGAUGCCUCCUUAAGGGACUUAGCAGGGUUAUGUCUGGGGAUGCAGCGAGCAGCAGAGACAAAGGCAAGGGGGCCCCUACUGCAGCAGCAGCUAAGGAGACAGGGGGCCCCCCAAGAGCAGCAGCUAUUUAACCAGUUAGUAAGGAGACACCUAAAGGAGACAGCUGAGCUGAUGGGUGCAGCAGCACAGCAGCAGAUAGUCGAACUGAUGCAGCAGCAGCAGCAGCAGCAGCAAGAGCAGCAGCAGCACCGCCACCACAAGGAGCAGCUAGACCAGCAGCACGAGCACCAGCAGCAGCAGCAACAGCAGCACCAGCAACAACAGCAACAGCAGCAGCCGCAGCCGCAGCGGGAGGAGGAAAGGUUUAUGUCUGCUGCAGUGUUAGUUUGGCGUAAUGUUGUAUAUAAACCCCCUUAUUGGUUAGCAAACACUCAGCAAACCCUCCCGGGGGCAUCGGAGGCCCCUGGGGCCCCCUCCUCCAUCUAUACACCUCCUUGGGCAUCUUGGGGGCCCCCAGGGCCCCCCCAAGUGUCUCCUUUGUCUCCUUAUAGCAAAGAAGGAGACACCUGUCUCCUUUCUAGCCAAGCAUUACUUAAUAGCGGCAGACCUGAACCCUUACAUCUAUUCCUUAAGGCUAAACUACAAGAAGGGGCCCACCCCCUGCUGCCGAGGGCCCCCAUGGGGGCCCCCCUGGGGGCCGCGAAGGAGGCCCUUCAUAGCGAGCCCCCUGUGGAGCAGGGACCCCAGCAGGGCCUCCAAGAAGGACCCCAGAGGGGGGACCCCCUGUCCGUCAAGUCCACUUCCGUGGGGGCCCCCAACAGGGGCCCCAAGAAGGGCCCCUAUGUGGGGCCCCCUCCCUACACCCAAGAAUUCCUCAAUGUUCUGUCGGACCCUUUUGUUGCCUGUGGCUGUACCCAUAGACUAGACGUGGAGACAAGCGCUAAAUUACUAACAGGAAGGACACAUCAAUUAAGAAUACAUCUUGCUGCUAUUGGACAUCCUAUUGUUGCUGAUUAUAAAUAUAUUACAGUUAAAGACCCCCAAGGGGCCCCCCAAUGGGGCCCCCACCAGGGAGAGGUUGAGGAGGCCCCUGGGGGCCCCGGAGGAAAGGGAAGGGGGCCCCAUGGGGGCCCCCUAGAUAUGAAGGGCCUUGAGGUGUAUAGUCAGCUACCUGAUGACCUUGUAGGGGCCCUAAGGUCUCUUAUUGUUGUAUAA